AAAACUAUUUUACCUCGGAAAUGUUAUGAACUAUUUCGAACAUCUGACAAUAAUAUUGCCAUAGAGAAGAUCUUUAUCAUGUCGAGAACAUCUUCAGAAUACCACUACAACAUCGCCAUCUGACAGGGAUCAUCAUGCUCAUCCGGCCAGCGCUCUUUCUCGUACUCUCCUCGCUCGUCGCACCCAUCGUCUCCAUGCACUUCUUCUCUCGAUGGCUCGGCAGAUCACCCACCUCAACACCGGAGAUAAUCCCACCUUUCUCGCCACCAUACUCUCCUACCUCCUCACACUCCUCGGAUAUCCCACCUUUCUCGCAAUCAUACUCUCCCACCUCCUCACACUCCUCGGACAUCCCACCUUCCUCGCAAUCAUACUCUCCUACCUCCUCACACUCCUCGUAUUCCUCCGAGGGCUUUUUACCCCUGCCCUCGCCGGGCAGCUCAACGAGAUCCACCCCGGCUCAUCCCUUCGCGCCGCAAAAUUCACUAGACUCCGAUUACACGCCCAAAGAAAGAUCUUCAAAGAGGUCUCCGAAGAAACCUUCGCCCGAAAGAAGGUCUCCGUCGAAACCCUUGCCCGGUGACGCGCCCAGAGACUCAUCACCACGUAGACCGCGAAAGAGAACCUUGGCCGAUAACGCUUCGCCCACCAUGCAUGUAGCGUCCUUUGCCCAUUCUUUCAGCAGCGCCUCGUCGGGUUCAUCGACCUCCAGGAGCUCGUUUUCGUCUAGCUCCUCGAGCAGUUCAGGGAGCUCUUCGAGUAGUUCAGGGAGCUCCCCUCCGCGGAGAUCGCGGUGGAAGAAGACCCCGAACAUCCCGCAGCCCUACUCCACGUACUGGACGACUCUCACACCGACGGGGAAGAUGGGUAAUUUGAAGUUCGAGGCGGGCGACCACAUCUACGUCUCGGCGAUGUCGUCGUUGGGGCCGUUCAACAGGAAGAGGCUGAGGUCUUGGCUGAACACGGACAAGCUCUGGAGGCCGUACUACGUGUACCUGGCGCUGGACGAUCAGCGGCUCCUCAAGGUCAUCCCUGAUUUCAGGAAGAGGUAUUUCUUCGAGGUCGAGCCGACGAUCUUCCACUGGCAGCAGGACGGCUGGCCCCACACUGAGCAGCAGCUUGAGGUCGCGGUCGUCAAGCCGGACCCUAAGAAGGGCCUUCUUGGAGUUGAGAAAACGACGGCUCUGGCCUACAGGCUGUACUCGAGGACGUUUCCAUUCAAUUUGGUCAACUGCAACUGGCAGCACUACGUGGACUAUCUGACGUACGGUAAAACCUUCGGACGGAAAUACACGCCCUACUGGCCGAUGGGUGCGGCGUGCCCCCUGUACACGCUCCUCACGCCAGAGAUGGACGUGUACUCGGAUGAGCUGGUCUUCACCGACGACCUCGGCAACUCCUUCAAGCUCACCGACCAUCCCAGACCCAGACCGCCACGCCCUAAAGAGGGUUAAACUAGUCUUGAAGGACUUUGCUGUAAAUGGAGAUGUUGUAUGUGUGAGGGACUUGCGAUUUGACUGUUGUUUCUUUUGUAAAAGUUGGGGGGGGUGAGGGGGCCCCCAACUUUUUAUUUCAAAUAGUAACCCCUAUUCUGUGAUACAUCAUUUGAAAGAACAUACAAAAUUAAGAAUUUCGGCGCAAACCGCAGAUCAGUACCUUAAUUUUUGACCGAGUUAUGAAUCAAAGGUCAAAUUUGACCUAUUUUCAGAAAAUCAUAACCCCUGUUCAAAUUAUCUUAAACCUCAAGUCGAUAUCAUAAUUAGAACUGAAGUUAUGGCCAACUCUGUAUAGGUACCGAUAUUUUUAUUUCAAGAUGUAAACCUAAUGAACGACCACAGAAAAACAGCUUUAUAUGCCCAAAUACCACUUCUGUGGCAUAUGUCUCAAAGCCAAAAUAAAAACCAAGAAUAAGUAAACACUGGUAAAAAAGACAGUGGAAAAGAAACCCUGGAAAAUAAACUGAAGAAACAGACGGAUUCGCCCUUCAAGGAUCUUCUUAUCAGGAGAGAUCGCAGUCGACGCAAAGAGGUUCGGCAGUCAGUCAGUUCACCACAAUUUUUUUAUGCUCGAAUGUCGUUGAAGUUUCGCGUUGCGCCCUCUGCAAAGUUAGUCGAAGAAAAGAGGAAGGAACCAAAAGUGUCACUACCGCGGUGGAUGACGUCAAUGACCCGACUUUUCAAAGUGAGAAAAAUUGACCUGUCAUUGAAACCUAUGCUGUCGUGCUAAAGAAGAACGCCGUAUGAGCCUUCAAUCAUUGCCAAAUUUCCUCUGAUAAAAAGUGAAUGUACCGGGAGAAUUGCGAGUAUUAUUUCCCAAAAUUUUCAGACAAUUUUGCACGGAA